ACGUCACUAGCGUGCACUAGCACAAGUGUUGGGCUAGCAUGCACUUGAAAGGACCUCAGAUCGAAGAUCUCCGCUGCGCUCUAAAAUCGUUGCUUUAUACACACCUGGCAAGUGGCCACCUGCAGUCCUUGUAAAAUCUUCGUAUAUUCUUGGCUAGAAAUUUCUGUAGUAGGCACAAUGCCUGUCAACACAUUAGUGACUGUGCGAUAUGGACCAUAUGAUUCGUGUGGCAUUGUGGAUCACAGGACAUUGCGUCUCCAGGGCCUCCAAGCUACACUACAUGACAACGGCCAUAGAUGUGUCCUUCAUAAAUCGCUGGACUGGAACAAGGUGGAGCUUAUUGUCAAUGGAGAAUGCGUUUACGUGUGCAACAUAAAAGACCUAGAAUUUGGUGGUGAUGGACGACUUGACCACCUGUGUGAGGCAGCAGCAACAGCCGUCAAGAAUUCUUAUUAAACCAGUGACAGUCAA